AAUUUUUUUGUUUCCUUACAUUGUUGCCAAAUUGCCCAUACGAUACUGACUCGACGGACUAAAGCACACUACACCGGGUUUUCCCGGAAGAGGCACUCAUUAUAUUAAUUAAAUUAAGUCGCCAAGUAAACAAUUAUGGCUGAAGCGGAGAUUAUUUUCGACCCUGAGAAUAAGAUCGACCAAAGUCAUGGGUACUUUAUGUUUGUUGCUAGCAUCGCUGUGUUCAGCGUGUUGAACGUUGUGAUCACAUUUAUCGGACCUCCAGCUGUGGUGCAAGAAGAAUCGUGGAGAUGGAACAAUCUUCUGAUAUCCUGGAUCCAUGGGGCUAUAGUUGGAACAUGGGAUAUCCUGUGUUUGGUGUUGUAUCCGGAGAUGUUUGAUGACCUGCUCCAUCACAUCAACUACUUCACCUACCUCAUGGUGGCUUUCUCUACAGGCUAUUUCGUGUACGACUUCCUGGACUUGUUAAUCAAGCGCCAGUUGUUUUCCUGUUGGGAGGUUACACUUCACCAUAUUGCAGUGACCUCGAUGUUCUGGUACAACUUCCACUGCCGAAUGUGCAUAGGAUACAAUGUGGUGGCAUUGAUGGCAGAGAUCAAUAGCUUCUUCCUUCACUCCAGGAAGUUGUUGCACAUGUUAAAGUUUGAAUUCACCAACAACUUCUAUCGUGCAGUUUGCUAUGUGAAUCUGCUCACAUUUUCUUCUUCCGUGGCUGGUGGUCGCUGUGUAGAAUAUCAUAUGGAAUGAUAACAGAAUCUCACCGUGUUCCACUUAUGUACUUUCGACUCCUGAUAGCUUCCAUAUUUGUUAUGAACAUGAUUAAUCCUGUGUUGUUUUGGAGACUGUUUAAAAUGAUGUGUUGAGAAGUUCUAAAUCUCUAAAAAAGAAUCAAGGAAUUCUAAAAGGUGACAGAAAUCAAAACACUCAUAUAAAGGCAACUUAGUAAGCCUCAAUAUUUAGAUGUACUUGUCUACAUGUAUUCUGUAUACAAAGUUCAUGUGUU